GCAACCGUGGUCUGAUAACACAGACUAAAAGACCCCAGCCUUGAAUCAAAACGGGAAAGUUUGUGUUCCUAACAAUGAAUAAAAUUUUCGUAUUAGUUAUCUUGUGCAUUGCUUUGGUCGCCUCCGAAAAGAUCAAAGGAGUGCGGAGAACUAGGCACAUCGUAAAACGACAAACAGGUGGAGGAUGUUUGUACGAAGGAAACGUUUAUCAGCAGGGACAGACGUGGACAGUUCCUUGUAAAUACAACUGUGUUUGCAAAGAUGGCACAGCCGGACGCUACAGCUGUACCGAAGUCUGCCCUCAUUACGACACUCUGCCUGAUGGUUGUUUCAUGCAACAGGAUCCUAACAAUCAGUGUUGCCAAGUCCCUAAAUGCAACUUCCAACCUUCAGGUAGCGGCGGCGGUGGCGUCAUUUCCGGGACAUCAGGGUCAUCUGGCGGUAUGAUCUCAGGAGGCGGAUCUGGUGGUAUGGUGUCAGGGACAGGUACACCUGUUUUGACAAUGGGUAGUGGUUCUGGACACUCGGGGUCUUUUAUGAGCGGAGGAAGUUGCCAUGACACCAUCAAUAACUGCGCAAACUACGGCCAGGCUGUCUGUACCGACCCCCAGUAUACACAGUGGGUCAAACAAAAUUGUGCACAGUACUGUAACCAAUGUGGAGGGUCAUCUGGCGGUAUGAUCUCAGGAGGCGGAUCUGGCGGUGUUGUUUCGGGGGGUGGAUCUGGCGGUGUUGUUUCGGGGGGUGGUUCGACUCAUACUGGAAGCGGUGGAGGCGGUGACGGUGGAUUCUCACUUCACUUUGGUACUGGCGGAAGUGGCGGAACCGGUGGAACCGGACCAAUGGUAACCUGUAGCGAUGCCGUCCAAAACUGCGCAGCCUACGGCAAAACAGUCUGUUCUGAUCCUCAGUAUGACCAAUGGGUCACCAAAAAUUGUGCUAACUAUUGUAACAAAUGUGGAUCCACAGGAACCAUGACUGGAGGAACUGGAACCAUGACUGGAACUGGAACCAUGACUGGUGGAACUGGAACUAUGACUGGUGGAACUGGAACAAUGACCGGUGGAACAGGAAUGGUCCCCGUACUUGGACCAGAUGGAACUUACAUAGGUACGGGAGGAUCGGGAAUUUCAGUCCCCGUACUAGGACCAGGCGGAACUUACAUAGGUACGGGAGGAUCGGGAUAUCCAGGAACAGGAACAGGUACUGGAACUUCAGGAACAGGAACAGGUACUGGAACUUCAGGCGGAACAAUCAUAGGUACGGGAGGAUCGGGAAUUUCAGGAUCAGGAGGUACUGGAGAAACUGUCUAUGUGCCAGGAGGGAGUAUUGGAGGUACAGGAGAGGGUACUGGAGGUACAGGGACUUUCACAGGCACUGGAUCACAAGGGGAAGGGGGUAUUGGAGGUCCAGGGACUUUCACAGGCACUGGAUCACAAGGGGGAACCAUGACUGGAGGAACAGGAACCAUGACCGGUGGAACAGGAACAAUGACAGGUGGAGUGCAAUGUGCGGAUAAAACGAAUUGCGCCCAGUAUGGAACAAGCUUUUGCACAAACCCGGCUUAUACUGCUUUUGCUCACGAGAAUUGUCCCAAACACUGCAAUUUAUGUUCCAGCACUAGUAGUGGACCAUCUGGAAUGUGUGCUGAUGCCAUUAACAACUGUGCAAACUACGGACAAGGUGUCUGCUCCGAUCCAACAUAUACUGACUGGGUCUCAAAGAACUGUCAGGCUUACUGUCAUAAAUGUUCUAGUGGCACUAUGACUGGUGGCACCAUGACCGGAACUGGCACUGGUGGCACCAUGACCGGAACUGGCACUGGAGGAACCAUUUAUUAUCCAAGCGGAUCCGGAACUGGUGGCGGCACAAUGACUGGUGGAACAAUGACCGGAACAGGAACUGGUGGAACUAUGAUUGGAACCGGAACAGGAACUGGUACUGGUACGUCUGGAACAUCUACAGGAUGUGUAUACAAACAAAGUGUUUACCAACAAGGACAAACCUGGAAGGAUGGAUGCACAUAUAGUUGCACAUGUGUAGAUGCAACCACAGGAAAAUACACAUGCACAGGAUUGUGUGUACAAUGGAAUCUCCCAUCCACCUGUAGACUAAACCCCCCAGGCCCAGGAAAAUGUUGUCAGACACCAAACUGUCCAGUUAGCGUCCAGAUCCAAUACCCUCAAGGAUACGUCGAGCAGUAAUCGAAUGCAACUGAGGAACAUUAUUGCAAUAAACCACAAAAACUAUCAAAACAAUCUAUUCAAUGAACGAACUUUUAUCUGAAGAAUAUUCAAACAGGCGUUUGUUAUAGCAUAUUUUUAUAAAUAAACUAUACAAUUUG